AUGCAGAAUGCCCCGAAGGCCUGCAUAAACUGCCGGCGGCAAAAGAUGAAAUGCGUUAUGGAAGACACUGAUAGAUGUCGUCGAUGUCGUCGCUCCGGCCUUCCGUGUGUCUUCGUACCCCGUGCCAACGCCGCCACCCUCCCGGACGUGAUGAGGAACUGGUCGGAAGAUGAAUUCAAAGGGGACGUGCUACGUAGGCUUCGCAUUAUCGAGGAGAGGAUGGGUCUCGCCGCCGUAGUCGACGAUCAGGUGGUAUCACCAGCCUUUCAGACCGACGAGCCGGAGUUCAGUAGCUUGGGUGCGUUGUGGGAUGCUGUCGUUGUGCUCCAGAGGACUGCCCCCAGUACCCUUCCCCGAUCUAUCUGGCGGAAGAGCACCGUCAAGGACCUUUGGCUGUCAUUUCAUGACCGUAUGCCGGGACUCCAUUUUAUGCCACGGAAACAGACCUUCUCUGCGCCGCAACCUUUACUCGUCGCCUCGAUUUUGUUUUGCUCCAGCGUUCGUGGUCCGCAAGAGGUUGCUGAGCUGGCACCUCACUACUUGCAGGUGUUGUUCCAUGCAAUUGCGCAGCUGAGUAUUCCCGGGAGCGAGGUAGGCAAGGUGCCCGGGGACCCAGAGGAGUGGGCUUUUCAGACUGUGCUGGGUUUAAUACUGGCUGGACUCCUCACAGAGGCAAUCCAUCGCGAGACGGGAAUUUGGAUAUCUAUCGCGUAUCGCCUCAUUUUGGAAAACUGCCCAGCACAGAUCGACGAGACCUCCCGGGAAUGGCGGAAGCUGUUCAGCGGCUUGCAGAUCAUCGACCUGGAGCACGCCUCUCUCCAUCUCUCCUGUCCGAUCAUCCCGAUAGAAUGCCCGCUACGGGGGUUGCAGACAUCCAAUCGGGAUCAGCUGUACCGACUCUCGCGGAUGAUGCAUACGGGACUGACACACUUUACGGGAAGAGGCCUACCAACCGUCUGGUCAUGCUUUACGGACCCAGAGCCACGUCCAGCACUCCUUAUGAGUAAUUUUACCGCUGUCGAUGCAGCGGUGAUCCGAGACUGGGCCCGACAGCUAGAUGAGUGGCUGGUUGAGUUUAGUCACAGCGCUGAAGGCUCAGAGCAGGAUCUGAAAGUGGUUUUUCGCCAGUACGUAUUGCAUCGCUUGGUGGUUUUGUCGAUCUACCACCCAGCCCGAGGUUGCGAUCUCUGGUCCAAUAGCACUACACCCCAGGAGCAACAGGAACUACUUCUUUCGGCUCGCGCAACUCUCAAGCUACAUUCGCACGAUAAUACGAUUUGGUCGAACUGGGACCAGGUAAUGAUCACUUGGGCAUCGCUUAUUGUCAUACAGGGUGUCGAAGGUGGUGCUGGCGAGCCAGACGAUCUCCAUAAUAUAAAAAUACACAUCGAUAAGCUCAAGCAGGCGAUUGGACCGCAACCCAGGCUCGGAGACAAGCUCGUUGCCCGCCUAGAAACGAGUCUGGCCAAUGUCCACACACCAGGUUCAGACGGGCCACAGGGCCUUGUCCAGAACCCUUACAUAGGUGAUGCCGUAGAUCGAUCUUGGCAUAUAUUCGACGAAGCAAGUCUGCAGUCGAUGAUAAACUCAAACUGGAUGGUCUAG